UGCGCGCACACACAGAGUGUUUUUUCCAGCUCUGUGGUUGAGCCCAUAAAAAGUCGUUUUCAUCCAACUAUUUUUCACUUGUCCACAAAUCGUUCAAUUGAACGUUGGUUCGAAAUUUAAUUAGAAAAUAAAUCGAUUCCGACAAAUUAAAAACGUUUUGAGCUAUGGUCGUGUUGAAAAAUUCUUUUGAAUUCUUUCUAUACUUAUUAUUCAUUAUUUUGGGCAUCGGAAGUGGUGAAAGAGUGUGUUCUAACGUAGAAUUUGGAUGUAAAGUGGUAAAAACGAAACUAGGCCAAAUUGGCGGUGUUCAAUUGAGCACGAUUUGGGGUGGAAAUUCAUUUUGUGGUUAUCGUGGCAUUCCAUUUGCUCAAUCACCGACUGGCGAUUUAAGAUUUAAGGCUCCCGUUGCGACUGGACCAUGGGAAGGCACACUAAAUGCUUCUGACUACGGUUCGGUUUGUAUUCAAACAUCUGACGGUGGUUCGAAAUCUCCUCAAUCGGAAGAUUGCUUAUUUCUCAAUGUUUUUGUACCAAGUGCUUCGGUGUGCAAUUGCAAUACGACCAAUAUCCCAAUUAUAGUUUAUAUUUUCGGCGGUGCCUUCACCAGAGGCGGAAGCAAUAAGAGAGGACCGGAAUUAAUUCUGAAUCGAUGUGUAAUUUUUGUGUCGAUGAACUAUCGCGUUGGCGUGUUUGGAUUCCUUCCGUUGGCCCUGCCUGAAUACUCAGGAAAUAUGGGACUAAAAGAUCAACAAUUGGCUAUGCAAUGGGUUAAGGAACACAUUUCAGCCUUUGGUGGCGAUCCAAACCGCAUUUUGCUUUCUGGUCAAAGUGCUGGCGCAGCAUCUGUUGGUUUUCAUAUUCUGAAUAAAAAAUCGCGAAAACUCUUCAAUCGAGCUUAUGCAAUGAGUGGCUCGGCAAUAAGUUUAAACGCUCAAAUGGAAACUAAUGAUUUAAGACCACAAUUACGAACGGCUGCUCAAACAUUAGGCAUAAAUGUUACCACAGAUGAACAAUUAAUUGAAGCAAUAAAAACGAUCCCAACUUCAGUUUGGCUUCAACUUACUUACAUCAACGGAACAAGCAUUGAUCGAUUUCCCACUUGGUCGGCAGCCAUUGAAAAUAUUGACGCACGGAAACCUUUCUUAACAAAAGACCCGUUGGAUAUUUACCAUUCGAUGUCUUCGAAAUGUGAUGAUAUUCCGUCGACUAUUUACACUUAUGUGUCAAUGGAAAUGAUUCCAUACAUCAAAGCCGGAAUUGAUGAUCCAACAUUAAUUGAGGACUUGAAUCGAAACUUCUAUUUUCGUCUACCGUUUCACAAUUUCGAUCAAGUGAAGUGUAAAGAAGCGGCGAAACCAAUCCUCGCUCAAAUGCGCCAAUUUUACUUCGGAAACAACACAAUCAAUGCAUCAACAAUUAUGCAAUAUGUUCGAAUGUUGAGUUACUACACUUACAUUUAUCCGAUACAAAGAGAUGUCAAUAUUCGUGCCAAAAGGGCAAAAUGUCCACAAAGAUUACAAAUCAAUAAUCAAAAGACACCACUGAAUAUAUUCGGUGCAUCAGAUCCACACAUAGCAGCACUGCCUGGUCCUGGACACACAGAAGAUUUGUGCCACUUACUUUAUUGCAAAUCUUCUGCCUCUCUUUAUGCAGCCGUUGACAAAUACAAAAGCACCAAUAUGGCAUACAUGAAUGCGUAUAAAACGAGCGAGGAAAUGAUUGAUAUUUUGGUAUCGUAUGCGUCCACUGGAAAUCCAGUUUCACGAACAGGCAGUUUAACUAACUUCCCAAGAAUCAGUCGACAUCCACUCCGAAAUUUAUCCUAUGUCGUAAUCAUGGAUACGGGAGAUAUUGCAGUCGGUGCAAAUCCAACGAAUGAAGAAUACAAUUUAUGGCGACAUAUCGAUUUGCGCGUACAAAAAUUGAUAAGGAUGGGCUGUAGCAAAGUAAAUGUGCCGGAUAACUUAUUCAAAGUUUGAAACUGAGAAUCGUUUGUUUGUCUUGAAAAGAUAAUAAAAUCGAA